CAAUUUCCCAGGGCACGCAUCCAUCAGCAGACAAACCUCAGCUUCUCAUAGUACAACUCAAGAAAUAAGUCAUGCCUCCCACCAAGUCUACCAAGGCCAAUAUCAGCGCAGAUGCCCUAGAAGAUACGCAGUUCUCGAUCAAUGGCACUGAACCACAGGACGAUGGACAUUCUGAGAACGAACCACCAAAGAAGAAACGGAAAAAGGCUAACCAAAAAGCGAAGAAGACUAAAAAGGCAACCGAUCCACCAUCUGCCCAGAAUGACGCCGAGGCCGCCCAGGACGAAGAUUCGGCUGCUCAAGCCAACGACGAUGAUACCACGAAGGAGGAUCUGAAAAGUCCUGUCAAACCUGCCGUGACUGCUUCUUCUAGUAGCAAACUCACACCAGCGGCUAUCGCAGAGCUCAAGCGAAGAAAGAAGGAAAAAGCUAAAACGAAACAGAAACUCAGGAAGGAGAAAGCGAUACAGCUGAAGGGUGUCAAAGAAGAGCAAUGUCUCCAUAUACAUCCCGCUUGCGAGUCGACAAACGAGUCGAGUUCGAUUGGACUUCAACCGCCAGACCUCCAGAUCAACUACCUCAAAGAUCGACAGAAACGAGCUCUGCCGCUUCUCUCUGACCUGGAGUUUGAAAGCCUGCCCUUAGAGAAAUCUUGGUUGGUAGACGUCAGUGAUAAGCCACUGAGGGGUCACCUCGGUGCGUGGCUCGAGACCGGAGCCGUCCCCGGGCUGCUAGAUGCUGUUAAGGAAACUCCCGAUAACGUGGGCGCCCCAGUGGCUCUAGUGAUAUCGAGUUCCGCUCUGCGUGCUGUUGAUUUGUGCAGAGAAGUCAAGCGAUUGAUUGCGAACCCCAAAGAAUCCGGCGAGAUUACGAAGCUAUUUGCCAAACAUUUCAAGCUCCCAGAGCAUGUGAGCCAUCUCAAGGAGACGAAGGUAUCGAUCGGGGUGGGCACGCCGGACCGGAUCUCGAAGUUGUUGACGUACAAAGACGACGAAGGAUUAAAGCUAGAUCGCUUGAAAUUCCUCAUCCUCGAUCUCACCUGGUUGGAUGCCAAAGGAUUCAACCUGACCGAAUUGCCCGAUUCGGCCCACAAGGCCGCUCUUUGGAAGUCUCUCUUAGGUCUUCCUAAAACACUUGAAAGAUUCCAAUCUGGCAAGACCAAGAUCGUUCUCUUCUGAUCUGAUAAUCUGUUCCAUCAUCGUUGUUUUCCAUAUCGCAUGGUUCCUUUUUUCAUAAACUCGCCCAUCACUAGUACUCCUAUAGAACCAAGGACAAGAGUUUGAGCUGUCCUCACAUUGGAUCAAUCAACCCGGUCUGCUCACUAAUUUCACUCAUCUACAUAUGUUAUGUUGCGCAAACUAUCUUGAAUUUCAUACCCUGCACUUCGCCCCGAACAGUUAUCGGAAGCAUUUACAAGAAUAGGUGAAAAUCAUGA